AUGGAUAUUGAUCUAUCUGGCGCAUCAUCAUUUCUGUCGUCCAUUUCAAAAUCAGCCGAACUAUCGCAAGACAAUAUCGAGCUUUUAAGGGACAUUCAAAGCCUAUAUGAUCAUAAGCUAUGGCAUCCACUUACACUGCGGCUAUUGGCGUUUUUCUCUUCCCCACAAACCGCCAAGCUCCGUUUUCGCCUGUUUACGCAAGUCGUGCAAACCAUCGCUACUUUCAUCCAGCCGGUAGCCCUUAUCAAGCUAGCCGUGUUAACCGUUGAUACUCUUGCGGCGUCAGAGGCGGAGGCUUUCCUUUUAAAGCUCAAGGAGCAUAAAGAGGUCCUUUCAGACCCUGCUGCACAUUCCUUACUGCUCACACAAUUGUCCUUAAAGUUGCUGGACUCCAAAAGGGCGGAUGCCAUUAAAGAGGCUGUUCAAAAUUCCAAGGACUCCGCAAAGUUUAUUGAGAAUACCCCUUGCAUUGAUAAGGCCAUAUUUGCCAGCCAUUGGCUGCUUGUCACCAAUAUUGCCAAGGAGGCAAUCAUUUCAGCCUCCGAGGUUUCCGUUGUACUGGAGAAAAUCUCUCUCAUGUCCAUUACCAAUCUGCUUUUCCAACGCUCACUUUCAGGGGGCUCCCGUGAUGUUUCAUUUAAAGAAAUCGCUGAAAGCGCCAACAUCCCUGAAGACAAGGUCGAGUUUGCAUUAAUGAAGCUGAUAUCGCAAAAGCUGGCAAAGGGGUUUAUCGAUGAGACAACUCAUAUAUUCAAAUAUUCAUGGGUUCAUCCACGAUCUUUGACCAUUUCCAACUGCAAGCAGCUUUCCAUGCGAUUUUCUACGUGGCUUCAACAUGCUGAAACGUCUUUAAAUGAAUUGGUGUCAAAAUAA